AUGAUCUCUUUUGUGGAUAUUCUGCCUUCAGAUAUCAUCCUAACUAUCAUCGAUGGGGUGGCCAGCAUGGACGAUGACGCCUCCACCAAUCUGAAGGCGUGCUCUCUAACCUGCAAGUCCUUUCUGCAGCACUGCCGUAAGCAUAUAUUCCAUUCCAUCACCCUCGAUAUCAUCGAUGGAAGUACCUGUCGUCUAUUCCGGGACCUUAUCGAAAGUGCGCCCUGGGUUCCAGAUUAUGUUCGAGUGUUAGAGGUCACACCCAUUUCCCACUACUACGACAUGUCUGAUGAAGAGGAGGCUGCGUUCAAGAAAAUAAACAACCUACACACUCUCGUUAUCAGACCUGACAGUAUAUUUGGUCUUGACUGGAGAAUGCUACCCCCUACCACACUAGACGUGCUCAUUCACCUCAUUCAAUUGCCUACCAUCGUUAACCUCAAACUCAUGACCUUCUUAACUUUUAAUCCUGCCUACCUCAUUCCUUGCACCGGACUCAAGCGUCUUUGUUUCCGAAAUUCAAACCUAAAAUAUAGCGAAUAUGAUAUUCAUUUGCCGCAGAAUCAGGAUGACUCUAUCAAUGCAUUUUCUUCAGGAAUCUUCCCUCCGUUGCUGCCUGAUGCACUUGAUACCGACUCUUUUACAGCGCUAUCUCUUAAAACUUUGAUUGAACCACAAAAAAAUCAUCUCAAUCCGAUAAUGGACAUCAAUAUGGUCAAGAAAAUUGACUUUAAAUUCCAUCCGUCAGCAGAUGCUGGAUCUUGCAUGGAACUAUUUGGCUACAUGAAGGGGUUGUCGAUCAUUCACUUUAAGCUGUCUCAGCCCCCUCACACCUCAGCCAUUGUUCCUUCUAUCAUCGCGUCCAAAUCUCUGGACACAUUACACACUCUGCGGAUUUAUUUAGAAUUCCAGGAUCAUUGGGUGCCUCAAAUCUGCGAGGUACUCAAAGAACUAGCAGGCCAGAGCCGCAUUACCACGCUCGUACUCGCCUCUAUAUUAUUUCCCAGCGAUUCUGGAUCAGAACGAUUAGAAGAUUGGACUCCAAUCGCAGACAUAUUUUUGUCCAAGGGUGAUUGGCGUUACCUACGACGACUCGAAAUCAAUUUCCAUAACACCGUCUGGGACCACUUCGAUCCCGGACCUGAACAGAUUCACUUUGAGGAUGCUGUCAGGAGAACAUACGAAGUGCAGCUUGCAAAGCUUUCGGAGAUAUCUACGUUUCAAUACAACUUGACGAUCACGGGCGGUCGUUGGUAUGAAGAUUUAGGUGUUAGUGGGGUAUUCUAG